GGCUGCCUCACGGUAGAACAUGAGCAGGUAAUGCACAAGGAGCACCACUGGGAAUCAUGUCAGACGAGUCAAUCUCAGGGAGUGAUCCGGACCUGGACCCGGACUUGGAGCAGGAGGAUAUGGAAGAGGAGGAGGAGGAAGAUGAGGAGGAGGCGAUGGAGGAGGACAAUGAUGGGGAUGACGAGGAGGACUUACUUGAUGAGAGUGACCAACCCCAGGAAGCCGUGUUCAGCGGGGACCAUGUUGAACACGCGGAGGAUGGAGAAUGGCAGCGCUCUACUUCAACUACCUCAUCUCAGAGUGAGCGGGCAGAGCGUCUCUUGCAGAACCAGCACAAGAGCCUGGCCUCUGAGGACACCAAAAAGAAGAGGGCUCAGAAACCGUCUCACAUGCGGAGGAACAUAAGAAAGCUGUUGCGUGAGGACCAACUGGAAGCUGUGACAAAAGCAGCCCAGCAGGAAGAGUUGGAGAGAAGGAAACGGUUAGAGCAGCAGCGGAAGGAUUAUCCAGCCACUAUCCCAACUGUACCCCUAGAGUUUCUUCCUGAGGACAUCGUUUUCAGAACAGCAGAGGCUACCCAGCUCCCCCCUCAGGUCCUGGCUGAGGAAGUGAUCUGCCUCGAUAGUACCAGCAGCGGCAGUGAAGAUGAUGCUAAAGGAAAAAAUAGCAUUAAAGAUGAAGUGAUUGAGCUAAGUUCAGGAGAAGAUGAUGCCCUCCAAAUUGUGGACAGCAGUGAUUCUGGCAAUGAAGGGGAGGAUGAUGGCAGUGAAGAGAGCAGUGGCUCUCAUGUGAAUGAUGCCUUAAAUCAGUCAGAUGCUCUGGGGCAAGUCAUUGUCAAUAUCAAUCAUCCACCAAACGAAGAGGACAUUUUCCUGGCUCCCCAGCUUGCACAUGCAGUCAAACCUCAUCAGAUUGGCGGGAUCCGAUUCCUGUAUGACAACUUGGUCGAGUCCUUGGAGAGAUUUAAAACCAGCAGUGGGUUUGGGUGUAUUUUAGCACAUAGCAUGGGCCUGGGCAAGACCAUACAGGUCAUCUCUUUCUUGGAUGUACUUUUUCGGCACACGGAGGCAAAGACUGUUCUUGCCAUUGUACCUGUGAAUACGCUCCAGAACUGGCUAGCAGAAUUCAACAUGUGGCUCCCAGCACCUGAAAACCUUCCUGCUGAUUAUAACUCCAAAGAGGUCCAGCCCCGCACCUUCAAAGUCCAUAUCCUGAAUGAUGAACACAAGACAACAGCUGCACGUGCAAAGGUGGUGAAUGACUGGGUGAUAGAAGGUGGUGUGCUGCUGAUGGGAUAUGAGAUGUACCGUCUCCUCUCACUGAAGAAGUCCUUUGCCACUGGGAGGAAGAAGAAAACAAAGAAACAAACUGGCCCUGUCAUUAUUGACUUGGAUGAAGAAGACCGGCAGCAAGAGCUUCUGAAAGGGAUCGAGAAGGCUUUGUCUCGCCCUGGCCCAGACGUGGUUAUCUGUGACGAGGGACACCGCAUAAAGAACUGCCAUGCCAGCACUUCGCAGGCCCUGAAGAACAUCCGCUCCCGCCGACGGGUGGUGCUGACUGGCUACCCACUCCAGAACAACCUCAUUGAGUAUUGGUGCAUGGUAGACUUCGUCCGACCUGACUUUCUAGGCUCCCGGCAGGAAUUCAGCAACAUGUUUGAGCGCCCUAUCCUGAAUGGGCAGUGUAUUGACAGCACCCCUCAAGAUGUCCGUCUCAUGAGGUACCGCAGUCACGUCCUGCAUAGCCUGCUGGAAGGCUUUGUGCAGCGGCGAGGCCACAAUGUGCUGAAGGUUCAGCUCCCAUCUAAGGAAGAACACGUCAUUUUGGUACGUCUUUCCAAGAUCCAGCGGGCCCUUUAUACGGAGUUCAUGAACCGGUUCCGAGAUGCAGGCAACAGUGGCUGGCUGGGACUGAACCCACUCAAAGCUUUCUGUGUCUGCUGUAAGAUCUGGAACCAUCCAGACGUGUUGUAUGAAGCUCUGCAAAAGGAGAAUCUAGCAAAUGAGCAGGAUUUGGAUGUGGAUGACCUUGGCACAGCAAGUACUAAUUCCCGCUGCCAGCCUCAGGGAAUUAAAGUCAAAACAGAGAGUAAUGCUAUGGCGUCACCAGUUGGAGAUGCCACCAAUAGCAAGUUCCUCCAGAGUGUUGGCUUCAACCCCUUUCAGGAGAGAGCAAAUCAGGUCGUUACUUAUGAGUGGGCCAAAGACAUCUUGUGUGAUUAUCAGACGGGAGUCUUGGACAACUCACCCAAGAUGGUGUUACUGUUCCACCUAAUUGAGGAAAGUGUGAAGCUUGGAGACAAGAUCUUGGUCUUCAGCCAGAGCUUGUCCACGUUAUCUGUCAUUGAAGAGUUUUUGGCAAAGAGACCAAUGCCAAGUCCUCCAGGCUCAGAUGGAGGAGUUCACAACUGGGUCCGAAACAUCAACUAUUACAGACUGGAUGGCAGCACCUCUGCCUCGGAAAGGGAACGGCUGAUUAACCAGUUCAAUGACCCCAGCAAUGCCUCUGUUUGGCUCUUCCUCUUGUCCACACGUGCUGGGUGUUUGGGUGUCAACCUCAUUGGAGCAAACAGAGUGGUGGUGUUUGAUGCUUCUUGGAACCCAUGCCAUGAUGCCCAGGCUGUGUGCCGAGUCUACCGCUAUGGGCAGAAGAAGCCAUGCCACAUUUACAGACUGGUUUCUGACUACACCCUUGAGAAGAAGAUCUAUGACCGUCAGAUCUCCAAGCAGGGCAUGUCAGAUCGGGUGGUGGAUGAUCUGAACCCAGUGCUGAACUUCACCCGACGGGAGGUGGAGAACCUGCUGCAUUUUGUGGAAGAAGAAUCUGACCCUGCUCAGCUCUCCCUCAAUCCAAGCAAGAUGAAGGAGUCUGUUCUACAAUUAGCCUGUCUCAAGUAUCCUCACCUCAUCACCAAGGAGCCUUUUCAGCAUGAGUCACUGCUCAUCGACCGGAAGGAGCACAAGCUGACCAAGGCAGAGAAGAAAGCAGCCAAGAAGAGCUAUGAGGAGGAAAAGCGAGCAUCCGUCCCCUACACCCGGCCGUCCUACGCACAGUAUUACCCAGCCAGUGACCAGAGUCUGACGAGCAUCCCUGCCUUUAGCCAGAGAAACUGGCGACCAGCCCUCAAGGGUGAGGACAAGCCAGUGGCAAGCGUCCGCCCAGUUCAGUCCACACCCAUUCCUAUGAUGCCCCGGCAUGUCCCCAUGGGUAGUGCAGGAUCAACCUCAAGUUCCAACCCUGCUGUCAACUUCCCCAUCAACUAUCUGCAGCGAGCUGGUGUCUUUGUGCAGAAGAUUGUCACCACCACAGAUAUUGUGAUUCCGGGUACAAACACAUCCACUGAUGUACAGGCAAGAAUCAGUGCUGGGGAGAGCAUCCACAUCAUCCGAGGGACAAAAGGGACAUAUAUCCGGACCAGUGACGGGCGAAUUUUUGCAAUCCGGACCACUGGGAAGCCAAAGGGCAAUGAAGACCGUCGGACAGCUGCCUCAGGCUCCCAAAGCUCUUCGCUGGAGUCCACGAGCAAUGGCAGACACAGUGCCUCAUCACCGCAGCUCCCCAGCGCGGAGGAGCUCACUCGGCCCAUAUCCCCCGACAGCCCCGAGAUCAUCAGCGAGCUCCAGCAGUACGCGGAGGCAGCGGCUGCCCGGGAGUCCCGGCACAGCUCUCCCAGCACCAACGUGGCAGCGCAAGGCCACCAGGCUCGCGUGGACAACGCGCCCGGCUUAGCAGCCCGAGGAGCCGAGCAGCGUGUGGGGAUUCACUGCAUGGCUCCCUCCGUCUCUUCGGCCCUGCCGGCCACCAGCCAGCACGGCGAUGCCCACUCGGUGUUGGACUUACGGGGCAACAAGCGCAAGUCGACCUCGCCGUCGGCUCCGGAGGAGCAAGCCCGCAGGCAGCAGAAGAAGCGCCAGUUGCCAUCGUCCGCGCAGCCGUACGAACACGGGUACCCCGUCUCUGGAGUUGAAAACCGAGGGGUUCUGAGCAAACUGCUGGACAACUUGUCUUUGGAUGCACCAUGGAAAUAAAAAUCAAACCCCCCCACAAAAGUAACAAAGCAAAUUAACUGAUGGUGUUCAUGCAAGUUUCUCCAAAGACUUGACAGUGCUGCGUCUGUGAGUCAUGCCCUCCUGUGCUCUGUGUGUCCGCCUCAUGCACAACCCUGUGACACUGAUUGUAUGACCAGCUUGCCCAGAUGUCCGUUGCAUCCCUGUGAGGCUGUCACUUGUUGCUUUUUUUUUUUCCUUUUUUUUUUUUUUUUUCCUGGUGGAUUUGGGGGAAUGGACCUAGGACGAGGGGCUUUCCUUGUGGAGAGUAGCAAGCGUUGAGACCCGCGGGCGCGUGGGGGAGGCUGGAGUGGGAGCAGACCCUCACCACAGCCCUGCUGCAGCCCCGCUCCCCACCGGUGGUGGUCAGGGUCGUGGGCUUCAUCCCCGGGGACCCUCCCGAGUCCUCUCUGAACUGGGUUUUUCGGUGGCUCUGCGCUGGGACGAGGCAUGAAGAUUGGGCUGGGGGCAGUUUGUGGCUCUGGAUGCGGUACCCGUGACUGCACACCGUUUUCUCUGCUCCUUGCCUUGCUGGGAGAGCACCCGGGGCUUCUUGAGCAGGUCCUGGAGCAGCUCCAUCUUGCUGUCUGAUGUCCUCCCGGGGGUCCCUGGCAUGGCCCGAGCCCUGCAGCCGUAGGAGCUGGAGGUGGUUGAUGCUCGGCUGCCGCAGGGCCAUCUGUGACCUCCCUGCCCCAGCGUGGGGUGCGAGGGCUCUCCCAGCUCCUGCCUCCCCCCGCGGUGGCUCGGAGACCCCUGGCUGCCCUCCCGUGGUGUGACUGCCCCCGGGUGCAACCUGCCGUGAGGGCCUUCCUCCUGCUGGCAAGCAUCUGUGGAUCGGAGCAUCCACAGCACGGUGUCCCCGAGUGGAGCCCCAGCCACCCCCUCCCACACGCAGUGGGGCGCUGGGGCACCCCUCUGCCCCACGUACCAGCCCUCAGCACCCCCUUGGCGAGGGGCCAGGUCCCCCGUGCCCCCUCACAGCCUUGGUUGGGAGGUGGUGGCAGAGACCUCCAUGGGGCUACCAUGAGGGCUGGCAGCUGCUGGAGCUGCUCCAAGGCCACCUCCUCUUCCAUGGCGCUGUGGGAAGGAUUUCCUCUGCCCCACAGAAGCCACCAGGGCGUGCGGGUCAGCCAGGGGCUUCCUGAGUGGGGGGGGGCACCUCUCAGAGCCCAAAAACUCCUCUCGGGUGGGACUCCCUCUCCUCCUCAUCUCCCCUCCCCUGUCUUUUCUCCUCUUCAGCACGUGGUUCUGCUGCAGAGGGUCCCCUCUGGGUUCCUCUGAGCCUGGAACAGGGUUUUUUCCCCGCACGGGUUAAUUUUUUUCUUCUUGCUGCUCAAUUUCUGUCUCCAAAUGACCGGACGGAAGCAGCUGCCAGUUGGUGCGCGGGGCCGCGGGUGACACUGAGGACAGCGGUGCAGGACUCUCCGCUGAGGUUUUUGGACACUAAGGAAGAUUUCUGAGCAUGGCCCCGAGGCUGGGGCAGAGCCCUGGGGGCCUCCCCCCACCCCACAGCCCCUCAACCUGUCCCUUGGGUGGGGGGUUCUGCUCCUGGGGGACAGCAAGGUGAAGGCUGGGUCUCGCUGUGGGACGUGGUGGCACAGGGAGGGUUGUGGCUGCUGUGUCCCCUCCACAGUCUCCUGGGGGGGGCUGUGGGGUGGGGGUAACACAGCCCAGCCCACAGAGGAUCUGCUGCAUGUUUGCCCACCCCCCAGAGCACCUGGCAGGGGGGGGGGGUCGGUGGGGUCGAUGGAGGUACUCACAGAAAGCAAAUAUUUGGGCAAGCAAAGGAUGGGAUUUCCACGGGGCUUCACUUGAAAAUUAUGUAUAUUUUGGCUUAACGAUGUCGGCAAAUGGCGGGAUGCGAGGGAGUUGCUGUCGGUCUGCGGAUGGCUCCCUGGCCAAAAGGGACACGGACAGCAAAUACUUUCACAAAUGGUGUUUCUCGCCACUCUGG